AUGGAGAUCGCUACCUCCGCAAUCUGGUUGGUUGUGACCAUCCUCGGUAUAGUUUACUUUUAUUUCAAACGAAAGUUUUCCUAUUGGAAAGAUCGUGGCGUUGCAUACUUAGAGCCAACAUUUCCAUUGGGGAAUCUAUCCCGCAAUAGCAUCGGCAAUUUGAGAGAGGUGUUUGGAAAACUUUACAAUUUAAGGGGAGAAUGUCCUUUUGUUGGAGGGUUCUUCCUGUUCAAGCCCGUGGUAGUAGCGACUGAUCUGGAUUUCGUUAAAGAUGUAUUAGUGAAAGACUUCAACAAUUUUCAUGGACGUGGUAUUUAUGUAAAUGAGAAAGAUGAUCCCCUCUCGGGACAUUUGUUUUCCUUGGAUGGACCAAAAUGGAGAUCACUUCGGAUGAAACUUUCCCCGACUUUCACCUCUGGAAAAAUGAAAUUCAUGUUUCCAACUAUAGUUGAUGUUUCAGAGCAGUUUAAUCAAAGUUUGGGUGAAAUGUUACACGAUAACAGUGAGAUUGAUGUGAAAGAAAUUCUUUCUUGUUUUACGACUGAUGUUAUCGGAACAUGCGCUUUUGGAGUAGAAUGUAAUAGUUUGAAAGAUCCAAACGCAGUGUUCCGCGAAUACGGCCGAAAAAUUUUCCAACCAUCCAAACUGCGCGCAUUAACGGUGGUCCUCUUCCGAAUUCCAAAACUGGCUGCUGCCCUGCGUUUGUCAAUUUUUAGUAAGGAAAUCACCAAUUUUUUCUUGGGUAUUGUGAAUCAAACCAUCGAACACCGCGAGAAAAAUAAUAUCAAACGUAACGAUUUUAUGGAUUUACUAAUUGGUUUGAAAAAUAAUGACACUUUAGAUGAAGAGAAAAAGGUCAAAUUAGGGAAGCUUACUUUGGAACAAGUUGCCGCCCAGGCUUUCGUUUUCUUUGUUGCUGGAUUCGAAACGUCCUCUACGACGAUGAUGUUUGCCUUGUACGAAUUAGCGUUGAACCGAGACAUCCAGGAGAAGCUGCGAAGUGAAAUAAAUACUGUCUACGAAAAGCAUGGAGGCCAAUUGACGUAUGAAGCUAUCAAAGAUAUGGUGUAUUUGGACCAAGUAAUCAAUGAAACUUUGCGAAAAUAUCCGCCUGUUACUUCAUUGCAGCGUAUAGCCCAAGACAACUACAAAGUUGCAAAUACGAAAUUGGUGAUUGAAAAAGGAACAACUGUAAUGAUUCCUGCUUAUCAGAUUCAGCAUGAUGAACGUUAUUAUCCGAAUCCUGAGAAGUUUGAUCCUGAUCGUUUCCAGCCCGAAGUAUGGAAAGCGCGGCAUCCAAUGACCUUCUUGAGCUUUGGCGAUGGUCCCAGAAAUUGUAUAGGGUUGAGAUUCGGUAGGAUGCAAUCGCGAGUGGGUCUGGCUAUGUUGUUGAAGAACUAUCGAUUUGAACCAUCGGCGAAAACACCAAUUCCAAUGAAAUUUGCGCAACGCGGAGGGAUUCUGGCACCUGUGGACGGAAUGCAUUUGAAAGUUAUUAAAAUUUGA